AUGGAGAUAUCAGGUAGAAGUGCGCUGAACAAGUCCAUGCAAGGGCUUUGGUCAACUCAGCGCCGAGGCAAAGUAAACUUGAACUCAUCUGUCGUUUCGGCACCUGCAAGUCCUCCUGGUACACCAAAAGUCGGUGAAUCAUCUGCAUCGACUAUCCCACCAAAAGAAGACCAAAAUGGCUCAGCCAUUUCAGCAGCCGAUAACCAAGCAUCCGUCGAACUAACUGAUGGGCAAUCGGAACCGCGUCCUCCAACUUCGGGCGUGAAGCGAAAGCUGCGACCCUCUCGUACUGCCAAUGCAGAAGAAGCAAGCAAGAGAUACAAGUCAUCCUUAUCUUCUAAAGACUACUCGCCUCCUUCUACUCGACUGUCAGACCUAGGCGGAGUGGAGGCUUGUGUGGAGAAAAUGUUGGAGCUAGUUGCAAUGCCGCUGUGUCAUCCCGAAGUGUAUCUACACACGGGCGUGCAGCCUCCUCGCGGGGUAUUGCUUCAUGGUCCUCCGGGUUGCGGCAAAACGCUACUCGCAAAUGCUAUUGCAGGAGAACUUGGCGUUCCGUUCAUUAGUGUCUCCGCGCCUUCAAUAGUGUCAGGAAUGUCAGGCGAAUCUGAGAAAACACUGCGAGAUACGUUUGAGGAGGCGAAAAAAAAUGCGCCUUGCUUGCUCUUCAUAGACGAAAUAGAUGCGAUCACUCCGAAGCGCGAAAGUGCUCAGCGAGAAAUGGAGCGCCGCAUAGUGGCUCAGUUUCUGACUUGCAUGGAUGACAUGUCGUGGGACAAGACAGACAAUAAGCCUGUGAUUGUGAUAGGCGCAACAAACCGCCCAGAUUCACUAGAUGCCGCUCUUCGCCGUGCAGGACGCUUUGAUCAUGAGAUUAGCAUGGGAGUUCCUGAUGAAGAAGCACGGGCACAAAUACUUCGUGUAUUCUGUUCGAGGCUACGGAUAGAAGGAGGCUUCGACUUUCAGGCCUUAGCAAAAGCAACUCCAGGCUAUGUUGGUGCUGACUUGGCUGCUCUGACCGGCGCAGCUGGUGUCAUUGCCGUCAAGCGCAUCUUUCAGCAACUGUCUGAUGGAACGAUUGUCCUUCCAGAGCCCGAUGUAUUGAAGGGUGCUGAGGAUGGUAUGGCGAUAGACAGCGGUGAUGCAAGCGGCAUGGUCUCGCAGACUGUCGACCGAGCGACUGAACCACUCAAGUUGUCGACAUUCACAAAUCUCCCUCAAUCUCUCCAAUCGAAUUCAAUAGUGCACUUCCUAGUUGCUCAUCCCAAUCCGCUAACUGAGGCGCAACUCACACCUCUAUUCAUCUCGUACGUAGACUUCACGCAAGCUCUGAAGCAAGUGCAACCUUCAUCAAAACGGGAAGGCUUUACAACAGUGCCGGAUGUGACUUGGGCAGACAUUGGAGCAUUACAUACAAUACGGGAGGAACUGCAUAUGGCAAUUGUCCAACCAAUUCGACGACCAGAACUGUUCAAGCGCGUUGGCAUCUCCGCACCAUGUGGAGUGUUAUUAUGGGGUCCGCCAGGAUGCGGGAAAACUCUCUUAGCCAAAGCCGUAGCGAAUGAAUCGGGAGCGAAUUUCAUCAGUGUCAAAGGACCCGAGUUGCUUAACAAGUACGUAGGCGAAAGUGAAAGAGCCGUACGUCAAGUUUUCGCGAGAGCACGCGCCUCGUCGCCAUGUGUCAUCUUCUUUGAUGAGUUAGAUGCUCUCGUACCUCGGCGUGAUGACAGUCUUUCCGAGUCCUCUGCGCGAAUGGUCAAUACACUUUUGACCGAGCUUGAUGGGCUGGACGAACGGCGCGGCGUGCAUGUGAUCGGUGCCACCAACAGACCAGACAUGCUCGAUCCAGCGAUGUGCCGACCCGGAAGGCUCGACAAAUUGCUGUACGUUGACCUACCAACUGCAGAUGAGCGGGUCGAAAUCACCCGGACCGUUUCCCGCACGGUACCGCUUGCAGGCGGUGAUGAGGCUAAGGUGGCUCUUGGAGCGCUUGUUCGGGAGCGGUGCGAAGGCUUCAGCGGCGCGGAUUUAAGUGCACUUGUGCGUGAGGCGGGCGUGAAUGCUUUGAGACGUGCGGUAUUCAAACCUACUGGCGACGACAUGGAUGCGACCACGGAGAGCGAAGACGUUAACGUAUCUCUUGAUGACUUCCGCCUUGCCCUUACAAAACUCGGACCAAGCGUUUCUCAAGUUCAGCGGAAGAAGUAUGCUGCCAUGCGGAACAAGUUCGCGGGUAUGUCAUUGCGAUUCACCAAGGGUGUAGAAGCCGAUGCAGAUGAAGUGCCAAAUGAAGUUGAGACUACAGAUAGCUCUCAUAAAAUCUAG